AUGCAACAAAAAGAAGUAGAUACUGGAGUGAAACACUGUGAAGAUGGAGGAAGGUCUGGAAAUUCGGAGGUUUUAGAAGCUGGAAAAUGCAAGAAAAUGUAUUCUCUCCCUGAAAACUCCAGAAGGAAUAGAAAGUGGCAGAUCCCAAGCAUUCUUCAGGGAAACAAACUGGCUCCCAAAGGCCACAUAAAAAGUAUUGCCGAACAGAAGCAAGAGGGGGUGAGGAUCUUCAUAAUGCUCUACAAGGAGGUGGAGCUCGCACUCGGAAUCAACAGUGAGUACAGCAAGAGGACUUUAAUGCGCCUGCACCCCAACAUAAAGGUGAUGAGGCACCCAGAUCAUGUGUCGUCCACCGUAUAUUUGUGGGCUCAUCACGAGAAACUUGUCAUCAUCGACCAGUCGGUGGCCUUUGUGGGUGGGAUCGACCUGGCCUAUGGCAGGUGGGAUGACAAUGAACACAGACUCACUGAUGUGGGCAGCGUGAAGCGUGUCACCACGGGACCGUCUCUGUGUUCCCUCCCAGUUGAAACAGCAGAGUCUAUGGAAUCCUUAAGCCUCAAAGAUAAGAAGGAACCUACUAAAAAUCUGCCCGCGCUGAAGAGCGGCGAUGAUAUGGAUUCAAAACUGAAAGGCAUAGGCAAAGCCAGCAAGCUCUCCAAAUUCAGCCUCUACAGGCAGCUCCACAGGCACCCCCUGCGCGGCGCGGACAGCCUCAGCAGCGUCGACAGCGCCUCCCGUUAUUAUAAUCACUGUAGAAGUCGUCAGCAUUUAAUCCAUGGUUUAAAGCCCCACUUGAAACUCUUUCGCUCUUCCAGUGGUUCUGAGCAGGGGCUCUUUAGAUCUGCCAUGGACACGGGCUCCAUCCGCAGUUUGCAGACAGGCGUGGGAGAGCUCCACGGGGAAACCAGAUUCUGGCAUGGGAAGGACUACUGCAAUUUUGUCUUCAAAGACUGGGUUCAGCUGGAUAAACCUUUUGCUGAUUUCAUUGACAGGUACUCCACCCCCCGGAUGCCAUGGCAUGAUAUUGGCUCCGUGGUCCAUGGGAAGGCGGCUCGUGACGUGGCGCGGCACUUCAUCCAGCGCUGGAACUUCACAAAGAUUAUGAAAUCAAAAUAUCGGUCCCUUUCUUAUCCUUUCCUGCUUCCAAAAUCUCACGCAACAGCCCAUGAGUUGAAAUAUCAAGUGCCUGGGUCCAUCCGCGCUAACGUACAGUUGCUCCGCUCUGCUGCUGACUGGUCUGCUGGGAUAAAGUACCAUGAAGAGUCCAUCCACACUGCUUACGUCCACGUGAUAGAGAACAGCAAGCACUACAUCUAUAUAGAAAACCAGUUUUUCAUAAGCUGCGCUGAUGACAAGGUUGUGUUCAACAAGAUCGGCGACGCCAUCGCCCAGAGGAUACUGCGAGCUUAUAGGGAAAGCCAGAGAUACCGAGUGUAUGUUGUGAUACCACUUCUGCCCGGGUUCGAAGGAGACAUUUCAACUGGUGGAGGAAACGCUCUCCAGGCAAUAAUGCACUUCAACUUCAGGACCAUGUGCAGAGGAGAAAAUUCCAUCCUUGGACAAUUAAAAACAGAGCUUGGCAAUCAGUGGAUAAAUUACAUAUCAUUCUGUGGCCUAAGAACACACGCAGAGCUUGAAGGAAACCUAGUCACUGAGCUCAUCUAUGUUCACAGCAAGUUGCUAAUUGCUGAUGACAACACUGUUAUUAUUGGCUCCGCCAACAUAAACGACCGAAGCAUGUUGGGAAAGCGCGACAGUGAAAUGGCAAUCAUUGUGCAGGACACCGAGACAGUCCCUUCAGUGAUGGAUGGAAAAGAGUACGAAGCCGGCCGCUUUGCCCAGGGACUUCGGCUGCAGUGCUUCAGGGUUGUCCUUGGCUAUCUUUCUGACCCAAGUGAGGACAUUCAGGAUCCAGUGAGUGACAAAUUCUUCAAGGAGGUGUGGGUUUCAACGGCAGCUCGAAAUGCUACAAUUUAUGACAAGGUGUUCCGGUGCCUUCCCAGUGAUGAAGUGCAAACCUUAAUUCAGCUCAGAGACUUUAUAACCAAGCCCAUAUUGGCAAAGGAGGAUCCCGUUAGAGCCGAGGAAGAACUGAAAAAGAUCCGUGGGUUCUUGGUGCAGUUCCCCUUUAAUUUCUUGUCUGGAGAAUACCUACUGCCUUCUGUUGGAACCAAAGAAGCCAUGGUGCCUAUGGAGGUUUGGACUUAAGAGUUAUCGGCUCAGAGACUUCCACCCCAAAGAGUAACCUGCACACAGUGACUUUCUGGAGACCUAACAGCCAAAAACAGCUGGAUGCACUCUUAUGUCCAACCCAUGGGCCCUUUGGGUUGGCUGGGAAGGGCUACAGUCAUACUGACAUAAGGACACUGAACAUCUUCAGGGCUUUGUCAUUCCUUCUGCCCAUCCUCGUGAGAAAGGGACUACAUUAUUAUUAGUAGCAUAUACUCAACAACUUAAACACAUUCUCAAAUUCCAUGAUGUACACCAAAGUGCAUUUCUCUUACUAACAAGGAUUUACCUGUAACUGUGAUCUAGGUUGGCAAAAGUUGCCUGACCCUUCUCAUUCGUCUCUGACCUGCGUUUAUGCAGCUCAUGUCUGCGGGGCCUGCCCUCAUGUCCACACAAGCACUGUUUGAGAGCUUGUUUGUUGUUAGAAGGUAUCGUGAUGCUGCUUCAAGGUUCUCCAGGGUUACACAGAAUGCCCUUGCGCCUGGUCCUGAAGUGGCAGUGUUCACCCAAGCAAGGAUAUGGUCAGUUUUCCUUUUCAGGGACUGGUAGAACAGUCAAGACUCUACACGGCAGCCCAUGUGAGGCACUUCUGAUAACAUGGACACAAAAUAAUAUAUAUCUUGACACCACAGAGCAACAGGAAGGAAUUAAAUUCAGUUAUUGAGGCAGAGGUUUCACUUUGCCUCCAAAGGCACUGACAAGAUGUGUCCUUCUGAUGGAACCCACCUGAUCAAAUUUGAAAACACAAGUAGGAUAUUUGAUUACACAGUAACUGAUAAGACUCAAAGACAGAGCAUGCAGCUUUUAGAAACCUCAAGGUAUCAGUGGGGAUCUGAUCCAGAUAAGAAAAGAAGAUUCCUUAGAGUCCUGCAAAAUUUCCUGUCAUCUUUAGCUGCUGGAUUGAUUGAAAUUUGAGCUUUUAUAUUUCAGAGUCAAACCAGCAAAUGCAGUUUGUCUUUCAAGAGAAUCAGAGGUUUCAUAACUUGUACCAAGUUAAUAAGUAUGAGCCCAGCCUUAUUUGACAUUCAGCUCACCAGCAGUGUUAUCUUCUUAGAGAAAAACUGAUUGCAAAAAGUGUGCUACUUCACUCGCAUUAUUAAAUAUACAUUAACAUUCCACCAGGGCUUCCAAAGAGGUUAAGAUGUUCAUUGACGCAUACUGUUCUAGUUUGUGAAUUGUUCUGGAAACAGUUUUGUUUUUAAUUUUUUCCCCUUUUUGGACAUUUGAAUAGCCUUUGGUACACCAUAGCUCUCAUUUUACUAAGCAGGUCUAUUCUUAUAGCCAAAGAGCUAAUGUUGGCUCCCAAAAGGCCUAUGUCCAUAAAACAUGGAGUAGGUGCAUGCUUCUGUGUCUGUGGGUUACCUGGACAGAAUCUCAUUCGGGUUCUUCAAAGAAGCAAGGACCCAACCCCUGUUUGCAUAGAGCUCGUAGUCCAGUGAGAAAGGUUAGAUAGGGACACAAGGUCAGCGAUUAGGGUCAGUAGGAGAGAAAGAGUGUCACACCCAGGAGAGGAUUUCACAGCUAGAGAACUUUUUAAAAAUGAAGUGGGACUAUAUAACCAACAAUGGAAAAGAAUAGGCUUUUAUGAAUAAAUAACUUUUUUCUCAGAUAGCUAAAUCAUGGUAACAUGACUUCAUUCUCUAGCAGUUGUAAACAAGACAUUUGCUAUUUACAAAGUUUAGAUUGGCAUUGCAAGCACUGAGUGUAUGUGGAAUACUUAAGGAUUUCUUAUAUUUCAUUUUUAAACAUUUUUUAAAACCAUAGAACAGUCAAAAAAACUGGCUCUUGAUUUUGUGCAAGAGGAUCCCAUAAAACCAUGAAAAAUAAGAGCCUAAAAGGACCCUUUCCCUUUAAAAAAAAAAAUUACUUAAUUCAACUUCUCCCCAUUUUAUAGAUGAUGAAACUGAGGCCCAGAGUGAUUGAACUUAGAAAUGGUGAACCAGGGACUAGUGAAAUUUCUAUGGUCCAUUAUUGGCCUCUCCUUCAGUUUAUCAUAGAUGUCAGUACAUAGAUUUCAGGCAUGUUUCUAAGCUAUUUUGAAACCCUGUGAUAUUAUGUAUUUAGGUGCUUGUCUGUCUCCCCCUCCUAGAAUGUAAGCCCCCUGGGGCAGGGACUUUCCUGUGUUUUGUUCAGUGUAUUCCCAGAGCCUGGAAUGAUGCCUGGAACAUACAAGGUGCUCAAUAAAUGCUUAUUGGGUGAAUAGAUGAGGUGGAGGAGAGAUCUAAUGAAAUGAAAAAGUUACAUAGUCUCAGACAAGAAAUCUUACUGCUGAUUUCUAUGGCAAGUUGGGUUUUUUUUUUGCUGCUGCAUCUUCUCAAAGGCAAGAUACUCAUCUGCAAAGAUGAGAGGCUACAAGAUUUACUUGGAUGGAUUUUAUGGAAAUUUCAGUGUAAUAAUUGCCUGUUUUGUAAUAGCAGUUUACAUAGUGCAGCAUUCUCCAAAAAUUGCAUGGGAUGUGGACACGAGAUGUUCAGUGUGGCCUAAUUACCAUUCCUCCUCUUUAACAAUUGCAAUGUCUGAUAUAAACUUUAAAAUGCAAAUGACCCAAAGCCUUGAAAAACUAUUAUGAAUCAGUUCAACAUUUCAAAUGGACUGUUAUCUUUUGGAACACCUCUAAUGCUGUACCUGACACUCUGAUAAUCUCUGUAAUAAUUUUUGUUUUCAAGAAGGAAAAUUCCGUGAUUAUAAGAAAUGAAGGGUAAAAAGUGGUCACGGCCUAUUAAAGCUAUUCAGAUUGGCCAAGCUUAGUGGUUGGAGGCUACUCAACGGAGCAGGCCUGGUGCAGGCAUUUGCUCUGUAUCAAGUGUCCACUCGGUGACUCACCCUUCAGGGGCGAUGUUCUGAAUUCUCAGCUGUCAUGCAUCACACAGAGGGGUAGAGAGCUGGCCAUUAGGUAAUUGAGUGGCUUCUUGUAAAACAAAAUAUUGAUUUUAUUACCACCUUUGGAAGAAAAUUUGUCUAUAAAAUAGUCAAAAAUGAGCAGUUAAUCUCUCUUAUAAUACCUUGGGAAAUUGUAACAUAUUGUGAAUUAACAGUCUCCCAGAUGAAAACAGCAGGCGCAGAGAUCUUUGCAGAUGGAAGGCUACAGGCCGAAGGGCUUUUGUAUACCGUGUGUCGUGAAGAACUGCACUGCUUUCCGCGUCUCCCUCAUUCCUUCAGCCUCUAGCCACAACAGAGUGCCUCCUCACUACGUAAACUGUUUUAGAGGACGGGAAGAGUCUUCUGGAAAAAACAAAAUUAGGCCUCUACAGUAAAUCUUCAGUUUAACCUUUAAGCAACUGACAAAAUGUUAUUUUUUAACAGAGGUAAUCAUUCAUUUUAGCAUCCCUGAUCUGAUUGGCACUUGAGCAUAUUCAGGUGCCUGUCGCCCUGUGCAGCGGGUGAAGAGGACCCUCUGUGACUUCCCUCUUUACUCUCGUAUAAAGCGAGCAAAUGCUGAAGGAUUUCAAGUAUACUUUGGAAUACAUUUUUAUUUCCUUGGAAAAUCGUCCGAGGCCAAUUUUGAGAAAUUCUUGAAUCUAGAAAUUCACUGUAAAAGGAAUUUGUCAGCAUCUAUCAAAAAGUUGCAGGUGAAGAAUCAAUGGAUUUGCAUUUGGGGGUGGGGCGGGGCAGGCGCCUUAAUAUGAUUCCUAAUGGCAUUUAAUUCACAUGUGAAAUAUUUCUGGCUUUGACUUGAGAUUGGAAGGAUUCAUUAAAGGGACCAAAAACUUUAUGACUUAAA